GAGGGAGUAUUGUUGAUGGAUUUUAAAUAUGCCGUAUACAACUUUGUAAGUUUUUUGUAAAAUUUUCGUAUAUUUUAGCUAUGCUUUUCUUUAUUGUUCCACCAAUUUCGAUCACAAUCAAUUUAUAAUUUUUAGGAAAAAAAAAAAAGAACCAUUCAAACUAAUUUUACAAAAUGUCAAAAAAAAAAAAAACAAAACAAUAUCUUCUCAUUGUCUCGUUUCCAUGCCGGCAUUUCUUGUUUUCUACAACAACAAACAAAAAGAUGAAAAAUUCAUAAAUUAUAUGUAAAGUAAAAAAUUAAUUGAAUCAGCAAUUCAACAAAAUUAGUUCCUACUCAUUUCGCAAACUUGAAAUGAGAAUUUUUCUAUUCUCCCUCGUUAUAAUUGUUGCUUUAAUAAUCGUCGAUUCAUCUUCCCCUGUUUCAGCUCAUGUUUCCCCUGUUUCUGCUCAUUUUUACGAUAACGUUCGUAAUUCUACCUGGAACUAUUUCAACAACUACUUGGGUUGCCGCGUUGGGCAAAAGAUUAAAGGAUUAGCGAAAAUCAAACAGUAUUUUCAACGUUUUGGGUAUAUUGAUGAUUCUUUGAGCAAUGAUUUUACAGAUGAAUUUGAUCAACUUCUUUUAUCAGCUCUGAAGAGUUAUCAAUUAAACUUUAAUCUUAACGUAACCGGAGAAUUCGACUUCUCCACUCUUCAAAAUAUGGUAAAACCAAGAUGCGGUAAUCCAGAUAUAGCAAAAAAGGGCUACGGGGGCAAAACUCCAAUGGAUCAUACAGUGGCACAUUUCUCGUUUUUCGAAGGCCAGCGACGUUGGCCUUCGAGUAAGAGUAAAUUAAAGUAUGCAUUUCUACCGGAGAAUCAGUUGACGGAUUCUGUUAAGUUAGCUUUUAGGAGGGCGUUUGAUAAAUGGUCAAAAGUAACACCGUUAACUUUUAAAGAGAUGGGUUCUUAUAGAUCCGCGGAUAUUCGGAUAGGGUUUUUUGUCCGAGACCAUGGAGAUGGUAACCCGUUCGAUGGACCCAUGAAGGUUUUGGCACACGCGUUUGCACCUCCAAUAGGGUUUUUCCACUUAGAUGGCGAGGAAAAUUGGAUGGUUGACGGCGAGUAUUUGAAAGAAGGGAUGGUGGAUCUUGAAUCAGUUGCGGUUCAUGAAAUCGGGCAUUUAUUGGGUUUGGAUCAUUCGUUCGAAAAAGACGCGGUUAUGUUUCCGACACUUGAAGAUGGAACGAGGAAAGUGGAGUUGUCAAGAGAUGAUAUUGAAGGGGUACAAAUGUUAUAUGGGUCAAACCCGGAUUAUAAUGGGUCAAGUACGGUUUACACACACCAUCAAGAGAAUGAUAUUAGUGGAUACUCCACUUUUCGUUCAUUGUGCCCACAUUGGCUUGUUGGAUUUUUCUUAGCAUUGGUGCUUUCGAUUUCUCUAUAGUUAGUGUGUAUUAUUAUUAUCUUAAUUGUAUGAUUUGAUUAUAAUUAGGCAAUAUUUAUGAUGUCCACAUGGACACAUAUAUACUUUUAAAGUAUAAUAUUAAAUAGUGCAGAGGGGUAAAAGGUUUUAUGUUUUAUUAGUUUAAACCGGUAACAAACCAAUAAGAUAUUCUUUAUCGGUUUAUCGAUUUUUGAUAGUUGUCGAUUUGAUUUUCGAUUUACCCAAUAAGAAAGUGUCCAUAAAAUAUUAUAUGACUUCUCACUUCUCUAAAUAUAAUACAAAGACUAUAAUUACAUGUCACCGCCAAUAUA